GGCGCUCGAGCACCGGCGUGCGUACGCAGACGCCCGCGCGAGCCGACUCGGAUCUCCGCGCCACUCGCGCGAGUCGGCCGCGCAACGGCCCGCGACGCACGAUUGUCGCGCGGCCCGCCGGCAAAUCGCGUCGGCGGCGAAUCCUCGUAUCGCGGCGCGGUGGCGCCCCCCCCCCCCCUGUCGCGCCGCGCGCUCGGGGUGGCGAUACGUCAGUAGCGGCUCGGCGCUGCCAGGCGCGUCGCUCAACAAGUGCCCGCUUCGGUCGUGGCCGCCGCCCGCUGCCGUGAGACGCGUGCUUGGGCCUCCGCGUCCGCCUCGUCGGCUCGGCGCCGCGCGCCAAUUGAAUUUGGCCGGGAGGCGAGUCGUAAGGGAAUGGACCUCGACGGCAUGAGGCGGCGUCGUCGCAAGGUCGGCCCGGCGUCCGCGGCGGUGACGUCGCGCGAGCGCACUCAGCGUCGCCUCGAAAGCAACGAGCGCGAGAGGAUGCGCAUGCACGACCUCAACGACGCCUUCCAGUCGUUGCGCGAGGUCAUACCGCACGUGCCGAGGGAGCGCCGCCUGAGCAAGAUCGAGACCUUGACCCUCGCCAAGAACUACAUCGUCGCGUUGACCGAUGUCAUCUGCAGCAUGCGCCGCGAGGACGAGCAACAGCAGCAGCAUCAGCAGCAGCAGCAUCAGCAUCAGCAGCAGCAGCAGCAGCAGCAUCAGCAGCAGCAGCAGCAGCAGCAACAACAGCGGAGCGCCGACGCCUUGUACGCGAACGAUGUUAAUACGCUGACCUGCUCGAGAUCAUCAAGCCCCGGUAGAUUCUGCGGGACGAACGAGGUGGAUUCUAUAUGGGACAGCGAUUCGCUGUCAAGCUUCGGCACUGGCCUCUAACUCAAGUCGCGAAACAAAUGAACCUUCCGAGCGAGAAAGGCAUCGCGCAGAUAUUUUUGAUAUGAACCAGUUAUAAUGGAGCGAACGAACAAAAAAACCAAGAUGCUUUCACGACGAUGCCACUUUUAUUCUGUAUGUUUUCGACUCCUACGUCUGAUUGUUACUUACUACACCAAAUGAUAUAUUAUAUAGAAGACUGCUCUCUGUAUGUUGUAGAUAUGCUAGGCAAAAAACGUAUACGCGAGAGGUGAAAAAAAGAUUUUGCGCUUCUUUUUUUCCUUGAGCGCACAGUUAGUAUUCGACGAACGCAAGCGUGCGAUUUAUUUAUUUAUAUUUGCACGUUUAUUUCGACUUUCCGUAUAAUCGUAACUCCUUUUUUAAAUAGAUUACAGAGAUUUUAUUUUUAUUAACUGAGUUAUUUACAAUGAUGUUGGUUUUUUCGUGAUGGAUAAACUUUAGUAAGUAAAGAAUUUUGAAAUCUCUUUGAAGAGCUUCGGAUUCCUCAGACUCAUGUGAUGCUAUUUAAUAUUAAUAAGAAGUGCGUAUACCAGCGCAUCAUGUACACACUUUUUAUUAACUAUAUUCCCAGCGGGAAUAUUGAGCCAAAAAACUUUUAACCAAGUCAACGACGCUUGGGAAAUAUACGAUAAGUUCUAGCCAAGUAAAUUACGGAACAGAAAAAAAUCUAUACGCAUGUUAUACCAUAUACAAAUAUAUAUAUAAAUAUUAUAUGCUAAAUAUAAGAAAAAGUCUAUGUAUGUAAAAAGAUAAAUUAAAUGAUAUAUCCACGUAUAAUACAAAAAUAAUGAAUAAAUAAAAGU